UUUGGACAGCUUUAAUAUUUUAUCCCUAUCUCGUUAUCCUGCAGAGUUAGAUCAAAAGGUUUUGUAUCGUGAGAAACUAGACAAAAAUAAACAUUUACUUAUCCCAGGAUUUUUCCGAAAAACUCUUCAAAAAUAUAUAUGGGGAACAGAAAUUAAACGUAUCCUGUGUUAACUCCAUGCAUCAAAUUCUUUAUACAAUCAGAAUUUUAAAGCAAAUACCGAGUGCGCCUUCUUGUUUACAUUUAUCUGUUGAAAUAUUAUCUUCUUUGGCGGAGUAAAGACAAUGUUUGCCCUUUUGUCAAACUAAGUGAUGACCGUGUUUUUGAAGCCACCAGGUAAAGUUUAAAUACGCUUCUGUUUAUGUUAUCUCCGGUAGACGUCCACCCGAGCAGAUGUUGGUAUUUUUCGUCAAUAAUAACAUAUGAUUUGAAGAUUAUUCCCGAGGAAGAUGUCUUUGCACAGUUACCUCGUUGCCGUAGAUGACCAAGAAAACAAAUACUUCUCUUCAAAAUUUGACGGUUCGGUAGUUGACAUCAAUGAAUCGGUCAAAGAAGAAGGGUAUCUCAGCCCGUGUCAGGUUCCCUCUCUCGGAACCGGACAUGUUUCGCAUCCCGAGUUUGAUGGCGAUGAACAGCAAGACCAAGUCCACAGCACGCUCCCAGGAAAGGAAGGAUAGCGUUUCGGUCAAAAACACGAGCUUCGAACUUGUCAAACAGCCGCGCAUGAACAGCACAGAUAUGAAGAGGUUUUGCGCUGCCAACAUGGACGUUCUCCAGGCGACGUCCUACUUCCCAAAACCCAGAGCGGUCGCAAACAGGAUGUUGGAUUAUAAAUCACCUGAGAGACUAGUCGGUAUACACGAGAAACGGACAUGCAAUGCGUUUGAUCUGGUGGACAUAUCAGCCCCGGAGAGCGUUUCUUCGAGCGUCGAUAUGACACCGUUCCAAGCCGAAAUGCUGUCAAUCCACAACAAACUGCGCUUAUCACACAACGCUCCUUCGCUCAAACUUGAUAAAGACCUCUGUCUCAUUGCUAUGAAGCGUGCCGCUUUUCUUGCAGCGAGUGGAAAGCAAGAUGAAGCCGAAGACGAAGGAAGAAACGUUUUCGUCUUCACAAAGUUAAAACGACCCACUGAGGCCCGCGAAGCGUGUGAAUCCUGGUACAAAGAGGGGAAAAAAUACCAAUACGACGUACAGAAAAAUUUCAACGCCCACAACCGUCAUUUCACCCAGAUGAUCUGGGCGGAAACAAGCCUCUUGGGCGCAGGGAUGGCAAAGGGAAAUGGUAAAACGUACAUCGUAGCUAUAUACGUGCCAAAAGGAAAUGUCUCAGGGAAAUAUUCGUUCAACGUCUUCAAACCCAGCUCGAGCGAAAAAGUCUUGUUUAACUAAAGACAUUUUUCAAAAAAUCUCUCACCUUCCUGGCAUAAUCGUAGAUGAGGUUCGCGGCUUUAACCAUGCCUCCGUUCUGCAACAGGUCCAAGUUUCCGCCGGGAAACACGACCCCGUUAAUCGAAGAGAGAAUCUUACUGAAACAUUCUAAAUCAUUGAUUUGCAAAGCUAAUAAAAA